AUGGGAUUUCUGACAGAUGGUAACACAUUGAACUGGAGCGAGGUGCAGAAGUAUUGCGAUUAUAUUCGAAAGCACGGAAUCAAGCAAUUCCUGGCCAUCUACGAGAAGACGAAGAACAGGUCGCACGAUUGCCUAAAAUUUGGCGAUGAAAUCGAGUACGUGCUCAUCUCGCUCAACGACAAGGAGAAGAAGGUCAAGCUCUCCCUGCGCGCGGCCGAGAUCCUCGAUGAGCUCAUGCGUGAGGAACUCGAGGGCAAGGGAACCGCUAAGACCCUGUGGCGCCCCGAGUAUGCCCGCUACAUGGUAGAAGGCACGCCCGGCGCGCCCUACGGCGACUGCGUGACCGAGCUGCGGCGGGUGGAGCUCAACAUGAAGCUGCGACGGCUGCACGUGCAGCACCAGCUGCUGCCCCACGAGCGCCUCCUCUCGCUGUCGGUGUUCCCGCUCAUGGGCGUCGGUGCCUUCACCGACCCGGCCUACAGCCCGCAGGGCCCAGUGGCCCAGUCCCUCUUCACGCCCGACGAGGUCAUCUUCCAACACAAGCGCUUUCCGACGUUGUCGCAGAACAUCCGCGAGAGACGGGGCAGCAAGGUGUGCAUCACGGUGCCCGUCUAUAGGGAUGAGCGCACCGUGCCGCCGCAGCCGACACCACCCACCGGAAACGAGUGGGACAUUUACAUGGACAGCAUGGCCUUCGGCAUGGGCAUGUGUUGUCUUCAGACCACCUUCCAGUGCGAGGACAUAAACGAGGCGCGCAAAUUCUACGAUCAGCUGGCGAUGAUGUGCCCCAUCAUGCUCGCCCUCACGGCCGCGUCGCCCAUCUACCGCGGCUACCUGUCGGACAUCGACGUGCGAUGGGGCGUCAUCGCCGCCUCCGUCGACGACCGCACGCCGGAGGAGCGCGGCCUCCAGCCGCUCGAACACGACAAGUUCGUGAUCAAGAAGUCGCGCUACGAUUCGAUCGAUUGCUUCAUCGCCAACGACGAGGCGCUCAAGCCCGAGUACAACGACCUCGACCUGGUGUACGACCACGAGAUUUACGCGCAGCUGCGCGAGGGCGGCAUCGACGACCUGCUGGCGCGCCACCUGGCCCAUCUCUUCAUCCGCGACCCCCUGGUCGUCUACGACGACAAGAUCGAGCUGGAUGACACGAAGCAGUCGGACCACUUUGAGAACAUCCAGUCGACCAACUGGCAGACGGUGCGAUUCAAGCCGCCGCCGCCCAACUCCGACAUCGGGUGGCGCACGGAGUUCCGCCCCAUGGAGGUGCAGCUCACCGACUUUGAGAACGCGGCCUUCGUCGUGUUCAUGGUCCUCCUCACCCGCACCAUCCGCUCCUUCAACGUCAACUUCUACAUCCCCAUCACCAAGGUCGACGAAAACAUGCGGCGAGCGCACGACCGCGGAGCCGCGCUCAACCAGCGCUUCUACUUCCGAAAGGUCAUUCACAAGGGCCAGGAGCAGAAGACGGUGCCAAAGGGCGAGCUGACGGGCUUUGCCGCGGCAUACGACAGCGAGGCGGCGGCGGCGGAGGACAACACGCAGAACUACUACGAGGAGAUGUCCAUCAACCAGAUCAUCAACGGCGAUGAGAACUUCGCUGGUUUGAUGCCGCUGGUGCGGCACUCCGCACUUCUGGCUGCGAACUCUGGCGACGUGGUGCACAUCCACAAUGGGGCAUACGCAAACGAACCACUUAACAUCGACGUUUACAGCAACAUCACCAUCAGGACUGACGGUCAGGUUAUUGUGAGCCCACAAUCUGACGCCAGCACUAAACGGCCUGUGUGGUGGCUGGGUAUUCUGGGCCACAUCACGCUGGAGGGCGACCUGUCGUUCAUGAUUACACCAUCGGUCUAUCAGUAUGGUGAUAUUGAUAUCAGUGCCGAUAACGAAGCCAUGGCCAUUUACUAUGAGGGCUAUCAUGGAAUGAAGGGUUGGGAGCAACAUGGCAACCUCAACCUGAAGCUGACCAACCACAGCUACGCACUGGCAUUUGAGGAAAGCAUAUGGUCAUGCUCCGGGAACGUGACCAUAGACAUGGACGACACCUGCAACGCCAUGGGCUGUUCGAGGAGCCCUGAGAUUAAAGUUACUGGCCAGUUUUACGCGCGUGUGGGCAGUAAAUGCUACACCCUUUCAGGUAAACCGCCGCCAACAUCACUAGAGUGCUCACCGCCUUGUUCUUCGUCUCUCACAACUCUCUUUUAG